CGACCCAGACAAGUCAAACCGUGCCCACAGACACGGGAAGUUGUCUCCUUCUCUUUCUCUUAAGCCCUAAAACCCUAUACCCACAUUAGUUCAACUCGCCACUUAGCGGAAACCUCUACAAACAUUGCCUCCAAGGUGCGCGCUACGUAUACUAUUGUUUCCUCAACUUUGUUUCCUCGAUGAAUUUUAACAACGUGAAUGCUCCAAAGGUUCCUGGUGGCGGAGUCGCUGCUUUGCUUAAAGUUGGCAUUAUUGGUGGGCUUGUUGUAUAUGGGGCUGCAAACAGCUUGUACAAUGUUGAGGGAGGUCAUCGAGCCAUUGUCUUCAAUCGUGUUGUCGGUGUCAAAGAUAAGGUCUAUCCUGAAGGGACACAUAUUAUGAUUCCUUGGUUCGAGAGGCCUGUGAUCUACGAUGUACGUGCACGCCCUCAUUUAGUAGAGAGUACAUCAGGGAGCCGUGAUCUCCAAAUGGUGAAAAUUGGACUUAGAGUCCUUACCCGCCCUGUUCCUGACCAGUUACCAACAGUUUAUCGAACCCUGGGUGAGAAUUAUAAUGAAAGGGUCCUGCCUUCUAUUAUACACGAAACUCUCAAAGCUGUAGUUGCACAGUAUAAUGCCAGUCAGCUCAUUACUCAGAGAGAGAAUGUUAGUCGAGAAAUAAGGAAGAUAUUGACUCAGAGGGCCUCCCAGUUUAACAUUGCUUUGGAUGAUGUGUCAAUCACAAGUUUGACGUUUGGGAAGGAAUUUACAGCUGCUAUUGAAGCCAAGCAAGUUGCUGCUCAAGAAGCUGAGAGGGCUAAAUUUGUUGUAGAAAAAGCUGAACAAGACAAAAGAAGUGCUGUUAUUAGAGCUCAGGGUGAAGCCAAGAGUGCCCAGUUGAUUGGUGAAGCUAUUGCCAAUAAUCCUGCGUUUAUCACCUUAAGGAAAAUUGAAGCGGCAAGGGAAAUCGCUCACACAAUUUCAAAUUCUGCCAACAAGGUUUACUUGAAUUCAGAUGAUCUCUUGCUGAAUCUUCAGGAGUUAAAUUUGGAGCCCAGUGGGAAGAGAUAGUUGUGAGGCUGAAUUUACUUAAUUACUUAAACCUCUUUUUCCCAGUAUCAUUCAUUUUCACCUGCAUGUGCGUUUUAUCAACUGUUCAACUAUGAGAUUCAGCGUCACACAAACUGAUAGUCAUUAUCAUUAAAUGGAGCACGUGAGAUAAGGGAGGUUCAAUCCGGGUUUAUCCAUUUUCAGUGGUUCUGAAUUCUGAUCUUGAAUAAUGAAUAGUGGCUAACUUUGUCGGAUGUCAAGGAUUGGAUUUGAUAUUGAUUUGUUGAGGCUCAAUUAUGUUCCACUGUUGACUUGAUUUGUUGACUUUAUA